UUCCCUUUUUCUCGUGCUAGCGUGGAAGAAAAAACUCGCCAAGACGUGGGCCGAAAUCAAGAAAGGUCUCCAAUCGCUGUGGAUGACUACGCUUUGCAGCCCUUGGAACCAAGGUCAGCGGGACGAGUAUCCUUCAAAGGCGUUGGCGAACUUUCUGUACACGUCGAACUUUAGCAGCAAAGAGAUGGAUGAUAUACUGGUGGAGGAAUGCAAUAAUAGGAACACCGUCUAUGUGCUGAAUUCCAGCUACCGAUACGGGAACAUGGACAUGAUAGAGCUGUUCGGUACGCCGGCUGGCCGUGCGCUGACGGUGAAUAAUAAAACUGCAGCCGAAUUGCACCAGAACCGUCGGACCGUAGCGGGCGGAAGUAGCAGCAGCAGCAGCAGCAGUACGACCGAUUCCCAUCUGUGCCCGAGCACGAUCGGUGGUCUGCUGACGGGUAGCCUCCAUCCGGCCAACAUCAGCAGCAUCAAAAUCAGCGGGCCCGAUACCGUCACCACCGCCGGUCAGCAUCACUUCAUCGAAUCGAGCGAAUUCAUUAGAUUUGCAUCGUCCAGCAAGGCCGCACCGUCUGUCACCUCCAUCGCCUUUCGCAACAAAUGUAGCAGUAAAAGCGCCGACAUUAGCAGCAGUAAAACUGGGCCGGCCCAUCUCGACCAACCGGCGAACAGGCGAAACAAUUUGAAAAUGGCCAAAUUUUGGAAGCUCUUCGACGAGGACCGGUUACGGAAGGCUAACAGCACGGAACGAAUCGGCGAUAAGCUGCGGCAAAGGUGGGUUGCAACACCACCGCUGGAGCGGGUGGAAACGGUUGACAAAUCUGCAAAUGAUUUGUACAGCGAGGCGGCCCAGCUGCUAGGUAUCAAGUGUUCCCUGACCGACAGCUGCCGGUGCAUAGAUUGUCAGAGUCAGUACUUUGAUUGUGACGAUGACGCGGACGCAUAUUCGGAAUAUUCCGAUAAGUCGUUCGACAUGGAGGACAAUUUGUUCACGAAUCGAUCAUAUUAUAAUGAUCUCUCGACGGAGCCGGGUGUGCCAGAUGCAGAUACCUUCGGUACCACCACCAUCAGUGACCGUUUGAACCAAGCCUCACACAAUGGCAACGGCUGGGACACGGAGGGCAACGGGGUGCCGGAUGAUGUCAAUGGUAAUGAAUGCGAACAUUAUUUGCAUAGCACCCACAAUUCGUCUUCAUUGAAUUUAGCAUUGGAUGCAGGACAGCUACCGGCAAACGACCGAUCUCAAUUGCCAAUUGAUACGUCCGAAACCGAACGCCCCAACGGUAGCCACCAACCGGUGCCGGCUGUACCGUCCGAUGAGGAAUGUGCCAGCGGCAUAAAGGUUGCAUGAGACAGGACAUUGGCUUUGGAAGAAGCCAACGACGAUACUUCAGCAACAUUUUCAGCCACUGUCAAGGAGGAGGAAAGCAUCGUGCUGGUGACGGUGGAUGGGUACAGCUGUACCGGCGCACCCGGGAAGGAGUGCGCCUGUUCGGGCUGCUAGCAUUUUCGAUUCGUUUUAUUUAUUUACACUUCGCCCGAUAGCCAAUGAUAGCAAUAAUUUGUGCUCGUAAAGUAACAAAAAAAAAAACCGGGACUAAAUUAGUCCCCGAGACGGGACGGGGACGUGCUGAUGAUUCGUUUUGUAAAGCUGUGAUUGACGAGUGCGCCACGAAAGUAUUGCAUGUAAUGGCUUUGAAAAAAAAAAUAGCGAACAAAAAAGAAAAAUGGCGAGUGGCAUAAUUCAUACUUGACUGCGUGCGGAGGAUAAACGUUUACGGAAAAAAACGUUUGCUACCAAAAAGCUAAACGUAUUGUGUGUCGGUUUCGUUUAUAUCGGCGCACGGGUUUAUAUUAACCGUUUGGUACUUAAUGUUUUCAACCCGAUAUACGUAAAUAUGGUAUCAUCGAUUGCAGUCGCACAUUUGACGUUCCAGGCCCUGUUAUGAAGCGCCUUAAAUGAUAACGCAAGUAAAUAAUAUAAUUCAACAUAAAUCAUCAACCAUCAUCAAGCACGGUGAAAUGUUUUGUUUAACGUUUCUAUCUUCAACUACAACAACUACAAUAAAAAAAAUGCAAACUUAAGCCACCGAAGGAAACAAUAUCAUUUCUCUAUCUUUAAACAAAAAAACCCCAAUAUCUCAUGCCCAACAUGUUCAAGUGUUCAAACUGAUAGUCAUGACGUGAAGCAUGACGUGAGAAAGAAUUUACUGCAAGUAAGCAAGCAGAUCGAAAACAAAAAAAUACUGUUAAAUACUUUCCAUUAAAUGGACCAACUGCUUUGGUCCGACAAGACCAACAAUAAAAAAAAAAACCCCAACACGCAGCACUAGUAGGAUAAAGUUCGAUGUUUUAGUAGAACAGCAGGCGGAACAGCAAAACAAAACAAAGGAAAAAGUUUAAAACACAAACUGCUUGGUUAAAACGACUCGUUAAAAACGCUCCAACUCGCUCCUUAAGGUAUUACGAACCAUUAAAUUCCGCAUUCCCUCGUUGCAAAUGGGCAGGUGAGUAGUGAGCCAAAGAUGACGUAUUGUGAAGCAUUCUGCAUAUGACUAUGAACGUUUUUGCCAAAACCAACCAAAAAUCAAAAAUAUACAAACCCUUAAAUAAAUAUGUGUAAAUGUGAAUGUGUCGUGCAUCAAAGUACAUGAAAUCCUUGUUACAUUGUAUAUGCCUUUGUACCUUAAUGGGUGGAAAAAACAAACAAACAAAAUCAUGAAAAUCAAAGCUAAAUUUAUAAUAUGAGCGAAAAGGAAAAGGAAAAACAACCAACCGUGGAAGCGAUACGCUACCGGCCACCAAGCCAUUAACUUAGCGAGUGAACCCUAUUUAUUAUAUUUUACCCAAAACUCUAUUCGAUUCAGCCGAACCGAUUGUUAUUAUUAGGAUGAUAUUGUAUGUGUCGCAGCAACCAAAGAGAGGAUUUAUUGCAAGGGUAUAGCGCAAAUACGCGAACGAGCCAAAUCAAGUAACACAGUAAACAAUUAUGUACCCCAACACAAACAAACACACUCAAAGACACUUUACUCGGUAUAAAGAUUCGGAACAAAAUGGUGGGAGGACAAGCGGUGAAAGAGCCGAGCGGAAAGCUAUUAAGCGUUAGAAAAGCUGUUGGUAAUGAUGAUACUUUCAAUAAAAGUUUAAA